AUGUCCAAGGAAGAAAAGAAGGGGAUGUCCAAGGAAGAAAAGAAGGGAGAUACCUCACCUGAAGCUUCUAUGGAAGCGACCGAAACCAAGACAACACAUCGCAAGUCUGGCCGAUCUCGACGUUCUCCGACAAGAUCAGAUGACGGAUCCGAUGUCAAAUCUAAGGAACUACAUGGUUCACCAUCAUCUGAUACGAAAGAGAGAAGCGGUGAACGAUCUGGCAGAUCUCCAAAGCCAAGACACUCUGGGCGACGACGGAGCACUCACGACAAUAAGGAAAAGGAUUCUAGCCGAAAGUCUGGACAUGGUCGUCGAAGGUCAAGUGCUGCUCGGGGAAGUAGAAGUUCUAGUUCCGAUCGACAUGGUGGUCUCAGUGGUAGCGAGGAAUUGUCCCCUACACGACGAUCUGUGGGUGAUGAAGAUCGAAGCACCUCUCUUUCUCCUCGACGAGAUACCAAUAAUAAAUCCGAUGACCGGGAUUCCAAACGAAGGUCGAGACGAUCCACUCGAGCCACUGCACCAGGAGUGGAGAAUGUACUCGAGACAACACCCACAAGGGAAGCCCGAAAGAGUGCCAGAGCUGGUGCAAUGGAUUCGUCACCUCGACGAACCAACCCCAACGAUUCGGGCGACCGAGAUUCCAAACGACGAUCUCGACGGUCGACUCGGGCUGCCACGCCGGGUGUAGAAUCAGUGAAUGAUGUCUCGACCCGAGAAUCUCGCAAGAUUGCCAGAAGAUCAACAGCAGCCGCUCGGUCAUCCAGUACUUCCUGUCCCGCCUCGUCCACACCACCACCCGCAACUCCACCUUUGGACGAUGCUGCGAACAAUAGCCAAUUGGAUGAAAAUCUCGAAACGAUUCGACAGCAAGAAGAACGAAACCGAAAUGGUGCAACAGUUGCCGAAGCCAAAAAAGACCCAGAGCGUAAACGGAGACGUCGUUUGCUUUGGAUCCUUCUCUGCUGUCUGCUACUGUUAUUGAUUGGUGGGGGUGUUGCUGCAUUUAUUGUAUUGAGGACCGAAGAUAUUCAGUCGGCUUCCACGACCACCACCGAUCAGCCAGAAGACGUGGUUCCAACCGGUGCUCCUACGAACGACUACCUUUUUGAUCCACCAUCCAAAGAGGACUGUACCAAUCUUCGCCUGAGACGUCCAGUGGGAGAUCGAGAAGGAACCAUUGAAAAAUCAUUCGACUUGCACUUUGACGCCACGCUCACAGAGGCGAACGAUGUGGACGUUUGGAACUUGGAAUUUCUCACCGCCAUUGAGGAAUACUUACUUCCAUCGCUACUGGGCUGUGAAGAUGCAGCUGCUAGACGAUCCAUGAUUCGAGGUGGACCCAAUAAUCAUCGUCGCAAGCUUUCGACUCUGCGUUAUAUCAUUGGGGAUGCUGUGGUCACUGGACGGGUCGAUAUGGAGAGACCAUGCCUUCCAGAGAAUGAGAGUGAACUCUGUUCUCGGUCCAUUGUGACUCUGCAGCUCUUUCUCAAGGGCGAUGUCAGCGUUGAUGACCUCAUCCGUCUCAUUGUGGGGUUGAUCGAAAACGAUACCUUUCGUGGGGUUUCGGUCGCAACUAGUGAUCGAAUGUUGCAACAAGAAAGUCAAGCGGACGUUUACAUUCCACUGGUGACUCGAUGGGCGCUGCCAGAUACUUUCGAAAGUGUCUUUUACAUCCUGAUUGAAGAGCUGACUUCGGGCUCGUCCCCAAACUCGGCUCCAACUCUAUCGAGCCCGGUACCAUCCGAAGAACCCAGUAGCAAUCCAUCUUCGUUUGUAGGUGUGGGAGGAGGCUCACCAGUGACUCCGACUACGAAAUCACCAACAACAACAGGUGGUACUACAAUGGCACCAUCAGCGAGUCCGGCUCCCCGUCCAACCAAAAGGCCAACGCUUGCACCUGCGCCUGGGGUGACACAGGAACCAACUCUAGAACCAAGUCUCAAACCUACGACCGUUCCAUCAAUGGAACCUUCUCAAAACCCGACACCAACACCGCUGCCGUCACUUGCUCCAGCACCAGGUGUCACACCACCUCCUUCACCCCCUCCGACUACGGAGCCCACAGCACCACCAACAAAGCAAACGACACUCUCCCCAACACCAGUGUCAGCUCCUGGAGACACGCCAUCACCGAGCAAGGAACCAACGCCUGGAACCCCUUCCCCCACUCUUGCGAGUGCUUCGCCAACACUUGCUCCCACAGAUGCUCCGAGUUCUACUCCGUCACUGGCUGCAACGCCUGACCCGACAGCUGCGCCUACCUCAGAACCAACCCCAACACCGACGUCGCAACCAACAUCUACACCUACCUCGGAACCAACUUCAGGCCCAACAUUGGCACCUACAGGAGCUGUUGCUACACCUAGACCUACCCCUGCUGAGUCAGCAAAUCCGACUCCUGGAAGGGAAGUGAGAAUUCUAAACUUUGACGAUCUCGAAACGCAGGCUGGUGAUUGCUUAGUAUCGACCAAUGAGAUCACCGAUGGCUACCAAGGUUUCCAAUGGGACUACUUUGCGGUUUCUGAUAUUACUUGUGUUACUGGCGGCGGCGAUCAUUCUGCGCCAAAUGGUGUAGGGCCGCUGAGUGACCCUGAUAAUGGCAACGGAGAAAGAAUGUCAUUUCAGCUUGAAGACGGUACUUUUGACCUCAUUUCAGUGGAAGCCUACAAUGGGGACCCGGGAUGUCCCUUUUUCCUCUUUGGAUACGAACAAGAUGCUAUUUCUCCUAUUCACGAUUUGGACGUGAUCCCUGAAUCAGCUGAGUGGUUCACCAUUGAUCUGUCAUCAUUCACUGGCGUCAACAAAUUCGAAUUCAUUUCGACGUGUACAGGGGUUCUGCAUAUUAUCUUUGAUGAUUUCAGAAUGCACAUGAACUAA